GAGCCCGGUUCCGUGGAACAUCCCGCGAACAAGUUGGAACCGCAACUCCGCACACAUCCCCGCAUCGGGAUGUUUCCCUGUUAGAGGAAGUCUCUGCUCUCUAUCUGGAGCCGACCCCUUCAUCUGCACGGGCAGCGCAUCCGCGGGAUUUGUGCGCUUUUCUGUGCGGACGGACGGCGGUGGGACAUCCGGAGUGGAGACUUCCAGAGAUGAGGAGGGGGAGGCGCUGCUUGCUGGCUUGGUAGACAGAGCGCAAGCGCACCUUUAUGCGCGCGCCCUCACACCCCAGCGCACGAGAUGGACUUGAAGAAGACAAAAAUUGGAAGGUACAUGAACUGCAGGGUACCGGCCCAUGAGAGGUACCAGCCCACUGACUACGAACACGCUGCCAACUGUACCACACACGGGGUGUGGAUUCUUCCCAGCCUGGUGGGCGGUUCUGUGCUGUACUUCCUGUCUAUGGAUAAAUGGCACCGGCUCGCCGCUGGACUCUACGGCAGCGGUCUCACGGGCCUCUUUGUGACCUCAACACUCUUCCACACCGCUGCCUGGAAAAUCAGCCAUCUUCGGAAGUUGGAGCAGCGUUUCCACAUGUGUGACAGGAUGGCCAUCUACUUCUUUAUUGCUGCCUCCUAUUCUCCCUGGUUGAUGCUGAGGGAGCUGGGACCCUGGACAUGCCACAUGCGCUGGCUGAUCUGGGUCAUGGCCUCCCUUGGAUCCAUGUACGUCUUCUUCUUCCAUGAGAGGUACAAGCUGGUGGAGCUGAUGGGAUACGUAGCCAUGGGGACAUUGCCUGCCUUGGUCAUUUUAUCUAUGGUGGAGCGUGCAGGUGUGUGUGAACUGGCUGUUGGAGGGGUCUUCUACGUUGUGGGCGUAGUCUUCUUCAAGAGUGAUGGCCUCGUUCCCUUCGCCCAUGCCAUCUGGCACCUUUUUGUUGCAGUUGGAGCAGGUGUACAUUAUUACGCCAUCUGGAGGUACCUGUACUUACCGGGACCCCAGCUGCAGAUAUCCAGGUGACUCGCAGCUGAUCUACAGAAAGUUCUGACCGGUGCUGCAGGUUUCCGCUGAUAAAAGUGUGUUUCAUUCAUGAUACCGCUGUAAUUCAUCAGGACACAGACUCGAUUUCCCCCUCAGAGGUGAAAUCUCCAAGAAUCUGUACAUUAAGCUAUUGUACAACAUUAAGCCUGAGGAAACCCAAUGCUCUGAUAAAUGUUAGUCUGAGUUAAAGUGAUAGUUUUAAUCCAGGUGGGAUCAUUUUGGGUAUUUAUCAGUUAUUUUUACCUGCAAUAGAAAGUGGUCGGCUCUGAAAGCUGAAAGUACCAGCGAGGAAUUCUAUUAGGCAUGUGAAGCUAACGGCUAACCCGAACCGGGUCAAGAAACAACUCAAACUAAAACAUCCCCCCUCUAGUAGCAUCAGUUGGCAGAAGGUCAGCUUGGCCUGGCACGCUGACGAGAGCCGAGGCUAAACAAACAACCUGUCUGCUCACAGAUAAGAACGUCUGCCCGCAAACAGCAGCUGCAGGGUGCAGUUUCUGUGGUAAACAAGUAAAAUAACGGCCGCUUCAGCCCCAGAGCUCUGAUCAUCUCAGCUCUUCCUCUGUGCUGACGUGCCAGAAGUCACCAUACACCUCCCUUCGUAUAGCGCCCACGCUCUGCUGUUCUCCACGAACAUCUUGUAGUGUCUAAAAGUAGCCAAGGCAUUGGUAUGAACAGACAAAUUGGGAUUUUGUUUUGGAAAUCUUUAAGUGCCUUAUUGUGGUAUAAUUACCCAAUGUGUGAAAAGCUUCCAGCACAGCCUUUGUUUGGAGAAAUAGAAAUUCAGGCCCCAUGCACACGACUCUGGAUCGUUUUCUGCAUUUGCAGCACAUACAUAGACAGAAAUCUAGAACAACUGGAGCUAAAGGUUUGCUCUGUAGGUCGGUCUAGCCAUGCUCCAUUGUAGCCUGUGCAGGUCCAGCCAACCACAGCUCUAUGUUUGUAGAGACAUUGGGCGGGUUUAGGAUCUUGGAGAAAAAUGGCGCUUGUUUGAAGCGGCUUUGGAAAAAUGUUUGGACAAUUUAGACUUUUCUUUUAGGCAUGAGCAGAUAUAGAUAUUUAAGACCUUUAUAACGAAUAAGGCUGUAUUGGCUUACUGUUCUUCAAGGGAGUAUGAUGGACUGCCUCCUUGACUGAAUACUGUAGGAACCAUAGAUAACCAUAGUUCUACCCUAAAACCAAGCUCUGUCUAUGGGGCUUUGCCAGACUAUAUAAACAUAAAUAUACACAGCUUAUACAUAAAUAGGGAGCCUAAGUCACACCCAUCUAUUUCUGGACCAUGGACCCUUAUAGCCAAAUGAAUGGGACUCUACAGGCCGAUAAAAUUUAUUUUCAGAACCAUCUUGAGACAUGCCACGGAUUUAACAAAUGAUGUUCGUGAAAUUUAAAGACAAAAGUUUUUACCAAGCAAGUGUUUAUUUUUGAGAGACGACAAAACUUUCUUUAGGUUUUGUGUGAAAACACGUAGAGGACUCCAACUGCUCGUCUGACCAAAUUUAUGCCAUCAAUUCAGACAAGGACAAGAACGUGAGACAAAGCAGCCUACUCGAAGCCGUUUUGAACAAGAUCUUUUCCUGAGCCAUCUGCCAUCUUUAUAGUUUUGCUGUUGCAGUUCUGCCAUCGUAGAAAAAGCUCUGCUGUAAUGGCGCUAAACCUGCCCAACGUAUCGCUACUAACCUGCUAAGACACAGUGGGGCGGGGCAAGACCAAAAUCUGUUGCUACUGCAACAGAUUGUUUAAAUUUCUAGGCUAGCAAAUUAUUUAAAGGGAUAUUCCACACAAAAGUAAGUUUUGUUAUUGUUAUUGCUACAUUCCCAAUAGUUAGCUAAGUCAGAAAAACUUUUCGUAAUAAGCUCAGUCGUUCUCCUAACCCGGAAGUACUCUUUUAGCUUUAGCUUAGCGUAAAACAAUGUAAGUGAAUGGUACUAACUAGCCUUGUAUGUGAAAAAGUCAUUAAAAUCACUCAGGAGUGAUUCGAACUCUGCUUGGUGGCCCCAAGGCAAGGGCAAGGCAACUUUAUUUGUAUAGCACCUUACAACUGUAUAGAACCGACCAAAGUGCUUCACAGACAUUAACAACAUUAAAAACAAUACACAAUAUAAAAAUGCAUAAAAACUAAAGCUUAAGAACUACUGAUAAAACACUAAAAAGACUCAUGCUGAGUUAAAAGCCAAAUCAUAAAAUAGGUUUAUAAAAGAGAUUUAAAACCAAAAAGUGAAGCGGCCGACCUAAUGCUCAAAGACAGUGCAUUUCAGAGCCUUGGGGCCGCUACAGAGAGAGCCCUGUCACCUCUGAGCUUGCGUUUUAUUUUUGGGACUCCUAAGAGCAUCCUAUCAGCCGACCUCAGACACCGUGUAGGGGAGUAAAAAACCAGAAGCUCAGAAGUAAUCUGGAGCAAAGCCAUGCAGAGAUUUAAAAGCCCAUCAAAGCACUUUGUGCUGGAUUAUAAAACGAACAGGCAGCCAGUGCAGUGAGGCCAGGACAGGAGUAACAUGCUCCAUCUUGUACGUCCCGGUGAGCAACCGUGCAGCAGCAUUCUGCACCAACUGUAGACGUGAGGGGUGGGAUUGUGAAACACCCAGGUACAAAGAAUUACAGUAAUCAAGCCUUGAUGUACGAAACGCAUGAAUUACUGUUUCAAAAUCCUUUUUUGACAGCAAGGUCUUUACUUUGGCGAUCCUUCUUAAUUGAUAAAAACUAGAUUUAGUCACCGCACUGAUCUGCCUGUCCAAAACAAGAUCCCCAUCCAGCACAACACCCAGAGAAGUCGCACUCAGUUUCAAGAAUGGGGCAAGCUGACUGAGGUCCACUGUACCCACCCUAGUCAAAGUACUUGGACCAAAGACUACAGCCUCUGUCUAUUAUCAUUAAAAAGGAGAAAGUUAGAGAACAUCCAUUGCCUAACCUCAAUGAGACAAUCUAAAAGAGACUGCAAAGCACGAUUGCGAUCCCUCUUAAAAGGCACGUAUACCUGGGCAUCAUCUGCAUAGCAGUGAAACAUGCAUAUUCAUACUGACUGCAAGUGAAAAAGAUAAGUAACACAAAAGAACAACAUCCGCCAUUUUAGACUUGGGGCUACUUUAUGACAAAGCACAGAUGUAAGCUUCCACUGAAAGAUGCAAGGACAUGACGUAGUCGCCCCAAAGGCGCACACGCACGCACGCACACACACACACACACACACACACACACACACACACACACACACACACACACACACACACACAAAAUCAAGGCUAAUUGGUACCAUUCACUUACAUUGUUUUAUGCUAAGCUAAAGCUAAAAGAGUACUUCCGGAUCAGCAGAAUGACUGGGCUGUUUACAAAUUGUUUUUUCCUGCUAAUGUAACUCUGGCGAAUAUAGCAACAGACAAACAACUCCAAAACAUCACCAGUUCAUAGAAUAAUUAACAAUUCAUGGCACUUGUUUAUGUAUUUAUUUACAAGCAUAAUUUUUACCUGCAGCCAUUAUCUGUAGCUUUUUUUGUGCUACAGGGGUCAAGCCCUUUCCGACAUAAUGAUAUAAUUUUAAAUGCAAUGUACUUAACAAGUCAUAAAAUAACUGCUGUGAUAUUUAGGACAUCUGAGCUGUUUAGGACAGCAGAAACACCAUGUGAACAAGCCCUAAAGGUUGUAAACUUUAUUUAUGUGACGAGGUGGAGGAACGAGGGCCUGGGCGGGAUUCGACCCCCAGGCUCCCAGGUGAGAGUCACGCGCGCUAACCAGUCAGCCAAAGGUACAUCCCUGUGGCCAAGUAGCCAGGGCGCAUGAUCAAUCGGGUCAGAGUGACAGGACGCUCACACAGAGGCUGUUCAGGCAUCCAUGAACCUGUUACAGGUCAUAUACAGUGGGUACACAAAGUAUUCAGACCCCCAUCAAUUUGUCACUCUUAAUUAUAUUGCAGCCGUUUGCUAAAAUCUAAUUCAUUUUCUCCUCAUUAACAUACACAAAGGACCUCAUAUUGACAGCAAAACACAGAAUUUUAGACAUAUUUCUGCAGAGUUAUUAAAAAGACCAACUGUAACAUCACAUGGUCCUAAGUAUUCAGGCCCCUUGCUGUGACACUCAUAUUUAGCUCAGAUGCUUUCCAUUCAUUCUGAUCAUCCUUGAGAUGGUCCUACAUCUUCACUGGAGUCCAGCUAUGUUUGACUAUACUGACUUGACUCGAUUAAGAAAGCCACACACCUGUCUAUAUUAGACCUUACUGCUCUCAGUGCAUGUCAGAGCAAAUGAGAAUCAUGAGGUUAAAGAGACAGUGUUGUGACAAGGCACAGAUCUGGCCAAGGAUGCAAAAUGUCUCUGCUGCACUUAAGGUUCCUAAGAGCACAGUGGCCUCCAUAAUCCUAGUGUGUGAUCGUUAUUAUAACGUAAAAGUCAGUGACAUGUGAUGUGAAGAGCCUGAAAUGCGAUUUCCUGAACAGAAAUCCUUACAGAACCGGGUCACGCUGUGGUGUAAAGCUAGAUUUCACGCUGUAAUGCUGUCUCUCAACUAGUAGAAUAGAAUAGAAUAGAAUUCAACUUUAUUGUCAUUGCACAUGUACAGGUGCAGGGCAACGAAAUGCAGUUUGCAUCCAUCCAGAAAGUGCUUUAGCCGUGAUAUAGAUGUAUUACAAUAUAUGUUAGCAAUAAUAUAGAUGUGUUAGUAUAUUACAGAAAUGGAUCUAUUAUGUAUGUUAUAAUGUACAUGGUAUGAAGUAUAUUAUGAAUAUUCUAUAACUAUAAGUAUGUACAGGCUGUAGUUAAUACAAGCAGUCCAUGAGUUUAACGUGGGUCAAAUGUCAGGAGGCAGAGUUCAGGAGUCUGACAGCUGUGGGGAAGAAACUGUUCCGGUAGCUGGUGGUCUUAGUCUGGAGGCUCCUGUAGCGCCUCCCAGAGGGCAGCAGGGUGAUCAGUGCAUGUGAUGGGUGACUGUGGUCUCUGAUGAUUUUCCUAGCCCUUUGCAGACACCACUUCCUGUAGAUGUCCUUUAUGGCAGGAAGUGGUGCUCCGGCGAUGCGCUGGGCAGUUUUCCCGACCCUCUGCAACGCCUUCCGGUCCGAGGCGGAGCAGUUUCCAUACCAGACUGUUAUACAGUUGGUCAGGAUGCUCUCGAUGGUGCAGCGAUAGAAGUUCACCAAGUUGUUGAGGACAGGUUGUUCUUCCUCAGAGUCCUCAAGAAGAAAAGGCGCCGGUAAGCCUUCUUGACCAGCUUGGAGCAGUU